AUGACGUCCGCAACACAUGUCCUUCAUUACACUUGCGCUCGCAAACGAGUUAGGGCUGAACUGCGCAGAGCAACAAGGAUUUUUGAUGUAUACAUUCGGCACGGAGAAGCCGAACAUCCACUACAUGUGCGGUCACUAGGUUGGACAUUUGGGAUCAGGACGGAAAGAAACAUGGGGUACGUAAAGGACAGACAACUCCAGCUGACUGACAAAGAUCUUGCCUUUGUUUCUCGUCAUAACAUUAGAAUUUCUAAACCCACGCAGACGGUCACGUCCAAACCGCAAGUGCUGCUGGGAUGCGAUCAGCUAUGGGGCUUACUGGAAGCUCCGUUACCGCGAUACAGAUUACCAUCGGGACUGCAACUUAUCCCAUCUCAACUGGGCUACUUGCUGACUGGCAAACAGCGAGCACUAGCAGGAGAGGUUGCUCAAGAAGGUAACGCUAACAUCAAUGUCGUUUCCUUGAUUGAACGUUUGGGAGGAUGA